CUCUUUCACAAAGUCACGUGAUAACCACAUCAAAGCGGUGAACAAAACCCCGACAGUAAACUCACCGCCGGGAUUCGCCCGGGAUUCACCCAUCCCGCUGAAUGUCCUCCUUGGCAUAAUGCCCCAUAAGCACAACGAGACCGGUUUAGGGAAGGGUUCCUCAUAUCUCGCACUCGUAGAUACACACUAUACCAUUUACGGAUACGAGUGUAGAUUCUUACCGGGAUUCGUGACUUCCUUUUGUAUAACAAGUCCUAUUGGGGGUUUAAGUACCUACCUAUCCCUGUCCCUGUUCUGUAGCUUAUCCAGGGUAUAUUCAAUCAAGUAUAUUAAUACUGAGGAUAUACAUAUCGAAGCCAAAACCGUGAGGACUAUUUAUUUAACUGCCAUUAUGGCUGAAUACAUAUCCAUAUCCCCAUCACUAUCCCCAUCCACCACCACAACAACACCGCCCCCCAAAACAAGAGAUACCUGCGACGCAUGCGCAAAAUCCAAAGUGCGAUGCGGGAAACAACACCCCCGAUGUGAGCGCUGCGUGGCGAGGAAUCAACCCUGCAUGUAUGGAUUUGUUCGACCGAGGGGGAGACCGCGGUUGUGUCCGAUGGUGGGGAUGUCGCCAGGUGGCUCUGGGCUGGAGUAUUCUCCUUCGGGAAAGGGGGUCGAUAUGGUGCAAUGCGGUAUGGAAAAAGGGUUGGGGAGAACGCCGACGCAUGUGUUGGGGGAUAUGAUUGUCGCUGGUGGUCAGCGGGAGGGGGGGAUAGGAGAUGGGAAUGGGUGGCAGGGUCUGGGGUGUGAGGUUGGGGGGUUAUUUGAUAUUGUGCCUCAGGGGGAGGAGAUCGUUGGGAUGCAUGGAGGGUAUGAGAUGGGGUUGAUGUCUUCGUCGCCGUCGUCGUCGGGAUCGGGGUCGGGGGAGUCGUCUCUGGAGGCAGGGAACUCAGGACAAUCGUGCAUGGGUAUGGUUCUGAGUAUACUGCAAUCGUUGCAUUCUCCAUCCGAGACGUGUCUUCUUCAGGCGAGUGUGCCUCCGUCGCGAACGCUAGAUGCCAUUUUGCGACUGAACCAGAGUGCGAUGGGUACCCUGAUAUCGGUGAUGGGGUGUCCUUGUUCACUUGAACAUGGGUGUGCGGUGUUGAUAGCGCAGGUGCUGGUUCAGGUUUUGGAUUGGUAUCGGGUUGUUCUUGAGAUGGAUUCCGGGAUGGGGAUUGGCGAGUCUGAGUUGGAUGAAGAGGAUCGGAAGAGGAGGGUGGUGCAGGUGGUGAUGAAUGAUUUGGAAAAGGUGAGGAUGUUGGUGGAGGGGUUUGCGAGGGCUUAUUGUCGUGAGGGGGUGGUGGGGGUGGGGGACAGCAGAUGUGUUUGAUAUUGGAGGGGGAGUUGAGGAGGAGGUUGGGUGGGGUUAUGAGUGCGGCGGUGUUGAGGAUGGUUGGGUAGAUUGUGAUUGCAUAGGAUGAAUGGCUGUUUCAAUAUUGCCGAUUGUGGUGAUCCUCAUGAGGAAUAUAAUGUGAUUGUGGAAUCUCAGUCAAAGAUAUGAUUUUGAGACAUCGAA